AAUCGAUAAUAGUCGAUGUUUGGACAAUUGUACUAAUUGUUUGGUAGUAAUUAUGUUUUUUGUAUUAAUGUGAAUAAGUAAGCAAAAUUGUAAAUAAAUUUACUUAAUUUUUAAAUUUCGUGUCAAAAGGUUGUUACAUCGAUUUAACUUCAGUUAUGAACAAAGAAGUUCACUACGAAGGAUGGUUAAUAAAAUCACCACCCUCUAAAAGAAUAUGGAGAUCGCGUUGGCGUCGUCGUUGGUUUACUCUUAAGCAAGGAGAAAUUCCUGAACAGUUUUGCCUUGAAUACUACACAGAUCGUAAUUGUCGAAAACUGAAAGGCAUCAUUGAUUUAGAUCAAUGUGAGCAAGUUGAUUGUGGUCUCCGUUUGGAAAACAGGAAACAGAAAUUUCAAUACAUGUUUGAUAUUAAAACGCCUAAGCGGACCUAUUAUUUAGCUGCUGAUUCUUCAGAAGACAUGCGUGAUUGGGUUAAUUGUAUUUGCCAAGUAUGCCACUUGCACGAUACCAAGCAUUCAUUGGAAGAUAACGCAAAAUGGCGUUCUUCAAAUGAUAAAAAUAUAAAUUCAGUGAAAGUUGCAGAAAAUACUUUAUCAGGAAUAGAUAACUACAAUAAGGAACUUAGUCAAGAGAAACUAAGUAUUGUAAUGGCGUCACCGAUAUAUUAUAACAAAGUCUCGAAAAAUAGAGAGUUCACUUAUGCUAACUCUGAAGAAAACAGCAGCGAAAGGCUGAAUAAUCUGAGUUCAAUUUUAAAUAAUGAAACUGCUAAUACAGUCAAUUUUACGACUUUAUCUUCGAACAAUGAAAGUAAUACUUAUCUGAAUACAUCUAUAACAUCUAAUCAAAAUCAUCAAACAAGUGGGGCAACUCGAAAAAUUCCAGAAAAUUUAAAACUGCAGAACUCACCUUUAUUCGAAACACUUAGUGUACAACCAUCCCCUUCAUUAAGCACCUGCUCUGGUCCAUACAUACCAAUUAGCGAAUGUUUCUCUGGCACACCAAAAUAUCUUGAAAAUCCAAUUACUCCAUUAAAUAAUCUUGAUCCAAAAUUUUACGACAAUCCACGCAGUCAUAACAAUAUUGGCUUAAAUCUCACCAACGACCAAUCGUAUUCACCAAAAAUUACUAAUUGUAAUGCGACGCAAGUUAUGACUGCCACAAAUUGCACAACAAUUAACCGUUCUGAUUCGGAUUCCGAAAGCGUUUUUACAGAUGAUGAUGACUGGACAUGCCCUAUGCCUUUACGUGAGAAUGUUGACCGGCAUACAAGGCCGUCCGACAGUUCCGUUGAAAAUGAAUCCUUUGUUUUAACAUAUUCUCAGCGUUUUUCUAAAUUGCCUGAUGAUGUUAAUGUGGACUCUGAAAAGAGAAAUGAAUCCAUCGAAUUAAUAAAAAAAUAUAAAAAUAAACAAAAUUUAUACCUAGAUAUUAAAGAUAAUGAAAGAACUUUAAAAGAAAUAAUGCAAUUAUCAGAUACGGAAAAUACUUCGCCAGCUAUUGGGCCGCUGGAUGCCAAAUCGAUAGUAGAAGAAAGCUAUGAUAUACCACGUUCUCAUCAGUUGCCUUAUCACAAUAUAGACCAAUUAUUUAAGGAAAAAUUGUGGAGUCCGGAAACUGAAGAAGUUGUAACUUACCCAUUGGCUAAAAAAGACAAUUCGAAAUCAAAUACUCAAAAUAAAUUGCAAAAACAUUUCUAUACAAACGCAGCGCCUAGUAAACUUGAAGGAAAUGUUUUCCGUUAUGAUUUUAUUCAACAUACUGAGUUGCCACCAGUAAACCGCAAACUUAAACCAAAACUUAGUAGUAUCAAUAAACUACAUGAAGGAGAAUCCGAAAAUCAAUGUUUGCCAGAGAAACCUAUAAAGAACACACCAAUUGAAAGCAGCUUGCCUUUAAAGCCACCUUCAGUGCAUCGAAACUUAAAACCUAAUUUAUAUAAGGCAGUCAGUUCUUCAUUAUUGGAAUAUGGAAUGAGACGUUCUGUAGACAUGUCAUCUACAAUAAAAACAGCACCUGAAAUAGAUGAAUAUAUAUUAGAAACGUGUACCUUACCACGCAAAAUGAAUUCACUUCUAGAUAAAAGUGAUAAUGCUGGGACAUCAGAUAUUUCUGUUUUACAUCAGCGGUCAGCAUCUGCGGCUAAUUCAAUGUGUCAAGAAUCUGUUAAGUUUAAUCCCCUACAAAAAAAAACAACAAAUGAACAUCGACUACAAUAUUUCGAUUUAGAUGUAACAAAUCCCCCAACAUUAAAUCGGCAGAGUAUAAGUACAAACAAUUUAACUAAGGAGGAGACAAUCGAUUUAUUACCGACAAGUUCUUUGAAAAGUGGUGUGGUUUAUAAUUCAGUAGAUUUUGUGAAAACUGAAGCGUUUAAGCGAAUUCGUGAGGAACGUAAAAAAGAGAGUGAAGGUGUAACUAAAUAAUUUCUUUACUAUUUGCAUUUACGACAUAAUGAUUUGAGUUUUGUGCGUUCAGCAUAGAAAACACAGUUAUAUACAGAGGUAGUCAAAAUUAUUUACACAUCGAAGGUUUUUUUUUUACAAAUUUCACACAAAAAGCUUUUGCUUGUUGUUAUCGCAGGGUAACAAAAUGCAAUUUUUUUGUAAACCUUGAUCUAUUCCUUAGCAAAUGAAGUCAGUUUGGCUAGAAUAGCUAGAAAUAUGGCGGAGAAAUAAGCAAAUGAACUGUAGACUCGCAGUAGUCAAAAGACUUUACACACAUUUUUUUCGUCAAAAGUAUUUACACACAACUUGAACUCUAUUAUCCUGUUCUUUUUUAAUGAUAAUUUUUUAUUUUUAAUGUUUAGUUUCUAUUCUAAGGCGAAAUUUCACGAAAUUUUUUCAUUGAAAAUUAAGUUCUAUUUAAUUUUAAUUUUAUUUAACUUUGUACUUAAGUAUUCUGGUUUUGACCGAAGUGUAUUCAACAAAGUGAACUAAGUAUUUGACAUACCCGUUUUUGACAACAAAAUAGUAAACAAUUCAUGUAUUUGUUUACGUUAACCCGUCUUUUUUAUCUUGAACAAUAUAAUAUAUAUUGAUAAAAUUGUUUGCAAUUUGUCAGUUGGAGCACAAAACAUUAGUAAAUUGCUUCCAUUUGUUGUUUUGCAUAAGCAGAAAGAAUUUGGCAUUUUCUUUUAUUCAUUUAAAAAAUAUUUUUUUUUGGUUUGAAAUUUGUUUACUUUUGAAUUUCAAAAUUUGAAUUUUUGAAUAAAUGUAAGGGUUAAAUCAAUGGAAACAAACAUGUCAAAUUCGGGUAAAAAAAUGAGAUGUCAUAUACUUAGUUCACUUCGUUGAAUACACUUUGGUUUUGACCAUUAUUGAAAAUUGACAUACAAAAAAUUAAGAUACAUGAAUGUUAGAAAGAAUAUAAUUAUAUUUCUGUAAACAAAAAAAUGUAUUUAUUUGUCAAAAUGGAAAAAAAAAAUAUUGGAAAUGAGCUGAUAGAAAAACGUAACCAUAGUUACAAAUGACAAUAUUUAAAUGGCAAAGCGAAAUCAUUUAAAUAAAUAUUAAGUCAAAUGGUGAAACUGAAUAGAUAAUUUUUCACUUAAAUUUGUUACGUGAGACCGGCUGUUAGACUUCAAUAACAGCCUGCUUUAUGGUGCGAAUUGAUUCGCAUAGUCAUGCGAAUUCUGAUAUAUCCGGAUGAUUUAGGGUCCCUAAAUUAGUAACAGUCACCGAUCUAGUUAUAAUCUACAAUUCCUUGGUUUCGGCAUUUGAUUUACCAAGUUUUAUAUUUAAGGCUUUAUUAGUUAUGAAUGCAAUAGAUGCCAAUCACUACUCUUGCUUAAAGCAAAUCCAAGAAUAAAGACUAAAUCGCGGUGUGUAAAUACAUUUGACGCAAAAAAAAAAUUGUGUGUAAAUAAUUUUGACUACUGCAAGCCUUUGCUUAUUUCUCCGCCAUAUUUCUAGCUAUUCUAGCCAAACUGACUUCAAUUGCUCAGGAAUAGAUCAAGGUUUACAACAACAUAGCAUUUUGUUACCUUGCGACAACAAGCAAAAGCUUUUUGUGUGAAUUAAAAAAAACGUUCGAUGUGUAAAUAAUUUUGACUACAUUUGUAUACUGUAAGAGUAAACGUGUGUUUGAAAAUGUAUAUUUUUUCAUUUUAUUUUAUUUUCCUUUACGAAUUUUUGCAACUUUUUUUUGUUAAAUUGCUAGACAAUAGGGGAUGUACUAAAUAUAUCACAAUUUAUGCAAUUAGUCAUAGUACCAAAAUUUUUUAAUAAUAAAAUAUUGCGUUAUGUAUAUACUAUA